UCACGAGGUGAAUAUAACAUCCAUUCAUCGCCCUAUUCACGGCUACUGCGGCGACUGUGACAUUCCACCCCCCGUAUGCAUCCGACUCUCAUCCGCUUCACGCUUCGUUCUCAAGACCUGCGUGGCUAUCAACUCCAGACUUUGCACUGAAUCAGCGAGCGAAACAAAGUAAGUCCCCUCCCCUUCCUAUCCAUCGCCAUCUCACCAAGACAGCAAACCUUCCACCAUGAACAAUCUCGACCCGCACCAGGAUACCACCGUCCCGGUCAACGGCACCACCACACCCACAACCCCCAGCGAGAUCCCUUCCACCGAGACCUCGGAUGCGAAUCCUCCCAUGUCUGCUGACAACUACCCCACCGACGAGACAGACCUCGUUCAUGAAGGCACUCAGGACCAGCUCGGCUCCAUCAACACCGCCGUGCUCUGUGUGGACAAUUUAAUUCCCCUGCUGAGCCUGGAGGAUCCACAGACGGGACUUGAUAAUGUGUCAACUGAAACCACUGUGGAAGAAGGAGAGGGGAUCGAUUCAAAGCUGACAGAGCGGUCCUUGCAGUUGGACUGAGCAUGAUGUAUUGGUGUGAUGUCAUAAGAUCCUACACUAGGUGGAUAGAGUUACAUGGAGGUGUGAUAUGGAGUUAUUGAUCCACGGAGUGGGGCAAAGCAGAGAUGGGAUGAAUCUGUAUGCACUGUGGUCUUGGUACGACAUGUGUUUGACUGUAUCUUGUUGGACAAAAU